CCCUAGACUCCAUAGGAAUUUCAACCUUACGCCGUGAAAAUAGCGAUCAUUUAAGGGCGUUGCAGAUCCUAGAAGAUUCAGCGCGCCUUAUCGGAAAUCAAUGGGAAGUGGGUCUGCCGUUCAAGAAGGACGUAUUCGCCAUGCCAGACACACGCGAAGCUGCCCUUACGCGCCUACAGUCUUUAAUGCGCAAGUUUGUUAAAGAUCACGCGUACGCAGAUCGCUACCGAAUGGAGGUAAACAAACUGUUUGCCGCUGGCUACGCACGUGAGCUCAAGGAAAAUGAACUUUCGGCCGACCGCAUAUGGUAUCUCCCGCACUUCGGAAUUCAGAACCCCAACAAACCUGGACGUUCACCGUAGUGGCGUGGAGUGGAACGACCAUAUCCGACCGGAGGAGCACGCGCGCUGGGUAAGGUGGCUCGACGAGCUUAAACUACUAGCGUCGCUGCGCAUCCCUCGACACUACGCGGCCGCGGGGCCAUGGACGCCAUGCUACGAUGAUUCGGCGGAUGGGGUAAGUGAUCCCACCAUCAUACAUACCGAAUUACAUGCAUUUUGCGAUGCCAGUAGUAAGGCAUAUGCCGCUGUGGUUUAUUGGCGCUUUGUUCGCUCAGAUGGAACUAUAAAUGUAUGUUUUGUGGCGAGUAAAAGCAGAGUGACCCAACUUCGUCCGGUCUCUAUACCGAGGCUAGAGCUUCAAGGUUGCUUGCUCUCUGCUCGUCUGGCCGCCACAAUACAGAGCGAACACAAAGACAUUAAGCCAAACAAGCGAUAUUUCUGGACGGAUUCAAAUACCGCCCUCCAGUGGAUUCGCAGUGACCCUAGAGACUUUAAACCAUACGUCGCUCACCGCCUCGGUGAGAUUGACGAGUUGACCAGUUCGUCAGAGUGGCGUUACGUCCCCACGUCCUUGAACGUAGCCGACGUAGCCACUCGUGAGGACGCGCCACCACUGCAGUACGAUGACGUAUGGUUCCAGGGGCCAAACUUCUUGCGUGAACGCGAAGGUGAUUGGCCCAAGGAUCUCAAGAGCUCCAAGCAGCUUGAGGAAGCUAUUUGCGAACGUAAGGUCAUUAAUGUCGUAUCCUCAGCCGACUGUACUAGUACGUUGCCGGUACCUAACGAAAAUUACUUUUCGUCGUGGAUUCGAUUACUUAUGACUACUGCACGGGUAUUGUUGUUUAUUAAAAAAUGUCAGCAUAAAUGCGAUCGAAUCGACACCGAACUGUUACAAUCGGCAGAGGACUUGUUGAUUAAAAAAUGUCAACAUGAUUCAUUUCUUACAGAAAUUGCCUGUUUAAGGAACAAUAAGCCGUUAUCGAAAGAUAGCCGACUGCUACAGUUAACGCCCUAUCUCGACGAUGCGGGCCUACUACGUGUAGAGGGCCGUAUCGACAAGACUGUUGGAGUCAAUGAGUCUACGAAGAGACCAGUGAUUCUUGAUGACAAGCAUCGAAUCACCAGACUGCUCGUAGAACACUACCACAGGCGAGCACUGCACAGAGCUCAAGAACUGGUAGUUAAUGAGCUAAGGCAGCGCUAUUGGAUUCUGCAACUGCGACCAACUGUACGCGCAGUCGCAGCCCAUUGUCUGCUGUGCAGAUAUCGUCGCGCCACGCCGCAGCCGCAGCGUAUGGGCGACCUGCCCGCAGCACGGCUGCAGCACAACCGUCGUCCGUUCUCGUUCACCGGGGUCGACUUUUUCGGCCCCAUGGAGGUAACCGUAGGUCGUGGUAGGCAGAAACGGUAUGGAAUGUUAUUCACAUGUCUGACCAUUCGAGCCGUACAUGUCGAAAUAACGGAAAACCUUACCACUGACUCUACCAUAAUGGGUUUGAGACGGAUGAUAGCACGCAGAGGUACCCCUACCAUGAUAUACUGCGAUAAUGGGACCAAUCUUAGAGGUGCCCACAUGGAAUUGAAACGCAGUAUUGCUGAACUAGACAGCGAUGCCCUGCGCAAUGAUGGACUCGUGAGAGGAAUUGAGUGGAAAUUUAUUCCCCCGGGCGCCCCAGAAAUGGCUGGCGCGUGGGAACGAAUGGUGCGUACUUUUAAAUCAUCCCUGCGAGCUGUUCUCAAGGAGCGCGCCCCACGGCCAGAGACCCUUUCAACAUUGAUGGCUGAAGUUGAAGCCCUCGUCAACAGCCGUCCUAUCACGUACGUAUCGGUAGAUCCUAACUAUCCUGAAGCUCUGACCCCCAAUCACUUCUUGAUUGGUACGUCCUCAAAUGGACCAGCGUUUGGUAUCGCCGAAGUCACAAACGGGGAACGUCGUAUCUUCGAAGAGUCUGAAGCAAACGGCGAAACUGGGAAAAGCAGCAAGCUCUACGUGUUCUCCACUAGAUGGCGCCACAGAUACGAAUCAAGGGCUCUUCCUCCGGGUUCGAGGCUGCUACCCUUCCUCUCCGGACUCGAGGCACUUACCCUCUACUCGCCGCUCGAGUCCGGAACGCUGCUCUACAAGAUCUUCCUGCAACUAUUCUUCCUCUUCACGCUGUUCCUUCUUCCGACAAGCCCGGGACAACCUACGUUCGACGCGUCGUCCCCGGCCUACUAUCAACUAACAUCUGCUCAGGGAACAUCUGACAUAGAGGCCGUAGGAAAUGAUAGAGUAGCUGAUCAUGGGGAUCACCAAGUCAUCAAAGCUGACGAUAAUGCAACCCUUCUCUGUGUCCAGCUAAGUGCACUGCAGAAGACCUUAUAA